AUGAGAGCAGUCAAUAUGUUGGUGUCACCACUGAUGGCCUGGGCCAUCCUUACGCUUGGUGUUCACGCACAGUCGGACUCUGAAGCGGAAGAGACAAUCAGCGCUUCUACCACAGAAUCCUCACCUGCUACGACGAGGGCACCGAGCCGGAGCGUGGCGACCUCUUCCUCUAGCAGAGACCCUCAGACCAUCACCAUUGCCGUCGGCGCUUCUGGCCAUCGGUUCACAGAAGACGAGGUGACAGCAGAGAUUGGUGACACGAUCGCAAACCACUCAGUCAUCCGAGCCGAGUAUGGCUACCCUUGCACGCCGUAUGAAUACAUCGAUAUCGGCAGACAAGGGUUUUACAGUGGCCCUAAGCCUGUCGCUGCCAUCACCAAUGAUCCCCCACGGUACCAGGUCAAAAUCAAUGAUACGGAACCCAUAUUCUACUACUGUGGUGCACCUGGAUCUUGUUACCAGAAGCACAUGAUCGGGGUGAUCAAUCCUAACUCAACGUUCACGCUGGAAGGACAGCAAGACGCACUCGAGGGGUUGACGUACCAAAUCCUCCCUGGCGAACCGUUCCCCGGUGAAGAUGAUUCAAGCCCGCCGGGCACAUCGGGCACACCAUCACCCAACGGCAAUGAUUCUGGCGGAGCAUCUGGCUCCAACGAAAGCUCCGGUUCGGGUGGAGGAGGCUCGGAUCUCAGCGCUGGCGCCAUUGCAGGCAUAGUCAUCGGCGGCGUCGCCGUGCUCAUCAUUGGCGCGGCACUCAUUUGGUUCUGCGGCAGGCGCGGCGGCCUCGACAAGGCGCAACGACGAGACACUUAUCAAGCCCCCCCACCGCCUGUCAGUGAGGCUAACUUCAUGACAACACCAAAGAGCCCAGGGUCCGACAGCCGUUGGAGCGCGGCGCAAUGGAGCACGCAACCGCCGUCGUCUGAACCCUAUCGAGACCAGCACAGCCCGCCGGCCAUGAUGUCAAACAGUCCCGCCACCGUGGGCUCACAGCCGGCGCAUGGCUAUGGCUAUGGUGGGCACGGCAUGGAGAACCCGCACGCCUCGUAUAUGUCUGACCCGCGUAUGAGCCAACAGGGUUCACCGCCGCCCGGCAUGGUAUACUCACCCAGCUUCAACCAGCCUCCGAGCCAAGCCCCCGUGGAGCUGCCGACACCAGGAAACCCGACGAGCGCGCCACCCUCGUACCCUAACAAGCCCAUCUGA